ACUGGAAAGACGUGAGGAGAAGACGGCAGGAGGCGGUGUUCCCUGCCCUGUGUGAUGUUGCAGAGUGAGUCAGCGGGAGAGAGUGGGCGACCUGUUGCUGCGCAUUCACAGCCGGGGUGGAACUGAAGCGGCGGAGUCCGCGCUGCGGUCGGGACGGAAUUUAAAGUUGCACAACAUGGCGUUGAUGAGGCUGUGUGGUCGCUUCUGCGUCGUUACAAAGAACAACUCGAAUAAAUUGUGCCCUCGUGUCCCAAGGCAAUGGCAUUCAACCUCUGCAGCAGCAACUGGACAAAGAGCUGAUGUGAAAGAAAAGCCUCAGCUAGAUGAAAGGAGACCGAAGACUGGCAUCCUCAUGUUAAACAUGGGAGGACCUGAAACUUUAGAUGAUGUUCAUGAUUUCCUACUUCGGCUUUUCACUGAUAAAGACCUUAUUCCACUUCCAGCUCAAAGCAAACUUGCUCCUUUUAUUGCAAAACGCCGUACUCCAAAGAUCCAGGAACAGUACCACAGAAUUGGUGGAGGGUCUCCGAUUAAAAUGUGGACUGCCAAGCAAGGAGAUGGCAUGGUGAAGCUGCUUGAUGAAUUAUCUCCAGAGACAGCACCCCACAAAUUUUACAUUGGUUUCCGAUAUGUUCAUCCACUAACAGAAGAAGCAGUAGAAGAGAUGGAGAGAGAUGGGAUUGAGCGAGCAGUAGCUUUUACGCAGUAUCCUCAAUACAGCUGUUCUACCACAGGAAGUAGUUUAAAUGCAAUUUAUCGAUACUACAAUGGCAAGAGAGCAGCACCAAAGAUGAAAUGGAGCACCAUUGACAGGUGGCCAACGCAUCCAUUAUUAAUUCAGUGUUUUGCAGAUCAUAUACGGCAGGAACUUGAUCGAUUUCCAACCGAGAAAAGGGAUGACGUAGUUAUUUUGUUCUCUGCCCAUUCACUGCCAAUGUCUGUUGUGAAUCGAGGUGACCCCUAUCCUCAGGAAGUGGGAGCAACUGUCCAACGAGUCAUGGAAACACUAAAUUUCAGUAACCCAUACAGGCUGGUGUGGCAAUCUAAGGUUGGUCCUAUGCCCUGGCUUGGCCCUUCAACGGAUGAUACUAUCAAAGGAUUGUGUGAGAGAGGCAACAAAAAUUUACUGCUGGUUCCUAUUGCUUUCACCAGUGAUCAUAUUGAAACACUGCAUGAACUUGAUAUAGAAUAUGCACAAAUCUUAGCCAAUGAGUGUGGUGUUGAAAAUAUUAGGCGAGCAGAGUCACUAAAUGGAAAUCAACUUUUUAUAAAGGCUCUGGCAGAUUUGGUAAAUACUCAUUUAAAAUCAGCUGAAACGUCUUCCAAGCAACUGAGUUUACGUUGUCCACUUUGUGUUAAUCCAAUAUGUGGAGAAACCAAGGCAUUUUUUGCUAAACAGAGUCUCUGAAAUGGUACUUGUCCUGAAAUCUGCCCUUCAGAAGAUGGUUGAUCGAAUGGUCAUCUUGGUUGUUUGUUUUCUGCUGUGAAAUAGCGUCUAUGUUGAAUUUAAAUCUCAAUCUAAAGAUUGUCUUCACUUCUGAAGCUGCACCUUUCAUUGCAGUAAUAACAGAUUUUUGAAGAGAUUAUGAAUAAAACGGCCUGCAUUCUCAAAGCAUUGUGCAUGGAUAAAGAAGUUUAAUUUCCACCAGUUCCUUAGCAUAUUUUUCUUAUUUGGCUCUUCACUUUUUAAGGAGGGCUAAAGACUUAAAUCUUUGAAUGUGAUUCAUAUAUACUUUGGUAGACGUUAUCUUGUGUUGUUUGCUCUUCAAGGCAAAGAUGACCACGUUCACCAUUCAGGUGUUUUGUAGGGUUCUGGUGGGUAUGUAUGUGGCUGCUUAGGCUAAUCUGUGCCAAUAAGGUUCUGCUGCAGAUAAGACAAGAUAUGGCAGGUGAUUGAGUUUUGGACAAGUUGCUGGCUUGGGAUUGCUUCUUGUGUUUUCUCUCUGCCUUUGAAAUGCACUUACUAUCAAAGGAGGCCAUGCAUUUUGCAUUUAGUUGCCCCAGGUCCAGCGAUCCUUUUGAUAUCGACUUCAAGCUUUUCUCAAAGCUUGAAGUCGAUAUCAAAAUCCUAAAUGAAUAUUUCAGAGUGUCCUUGUAGCAUUUUCUUCAACCACCAUGACAGCACACGCCAGACUCGAGUACUCUAGAAGAUCCGGUUUGGUAAGCAAGUGACAGGCAUUCUGGCUACAUGACCAGCCCAGCUCAGUUGUGACUGUCAGUGGGGUGUGGAUGCUAGGUGUGCCAGCUUGGGUGAGCACCUUAACAGUCAUAACAGCCAACAGUGGAGGAGAGAGAGAGAUCAAAACACAUUUUAAAGCUUAAGAUCAUUUUAAAAGCAGCCAGAUAUAUGAAACACAUGGAAACUUAUUUACCAUGUUUAAGUCUCUGGAUCAAGCUGCUGAGAAACCUACUUGUAAAAUGACUGUUUACCUAAUAGUGUGCACACACUUUCCCUAUGGUACAAGGUUCAGAGAGAUUAAUUGUGGGUUGGUAAAGCCAAGCCUUGGGGACCUCCAACAGACAACAGAGUAUUACUAGGAAUUUACCAGCUGUACUUGCAGCCUGCCAGUUUUGAGCUUCCUGCCGCUUGUCCAGUUGGGAUCAACCUAAUUCAUCCAAUCUCUCUCUUCCUUUACCUUUUAUAGAUUUCAUGAAAAUUCCUUUCCAGGAAAUGGCAAGUUUUAAUGUCUAUACAUGCAGAUUAUUUUUCUGUAAUUGAUCAUCCAUUGUGGGUAGUCUGUUCUCACUACAAUGUGUGCUGUAUGUCAUUUUGCUUGCACAGAAACAAAAUGAGAAACAUCCCAUGUGUGUGUUAUAUGAAAUGGUGAGAGGAGCAAAAUGGAUGCCUUCAUUGGCCUUGCACCUUGGCCUAUAUCCUGUGAAAUUCAUCCCUUUUUUAUGUUAUGGAUAGAUCCUUAUGUUUAUGAAACAGUGCCUCAUGUUGCUAUGAAACGUAAAGGGAAGAAAUAAAAUGCUGUAUAGUACGAUAAAAUGGAUGGUAGAGCUGAGACUGCGGUACGAAUUAGGAUAAAUUAGGAAAUAUACUUCCAUGUUGUGGACAUACUUCAUUAAGGUUUCACCUCUUAGACUAACUCAGUAGAAAAAGAAAUGCAUCAUUAAACGUUAAAGAAUUUGUGUAUUGUCUCCUGUUUAAAUUCAAAUAUACAAUAAGCUGGACUAGUUUAACUCUUCCUUUUAAACUUGUUUUCCUAACCCAUGUGUUUUACGUUAUUUCUAACUAUCAACUUACACUGAUCUGGGAAGUAGUUUUAUUUGCCCAUCAGUUAGCAGAUGGGAUUGAUUGGUAGCAAUAAGUUACCCUGUGAUAGCAUUUCUCUCCUAUUGGCUUUGCUUAAAGGCUAAUGAGAAGCUACAAAGGUAAGCUGGAAUGUCAAGUUGUCCCUGAUUUACCAUUCCAUGGUUGUAUGUGUUGAGAUUGAGCAAGUGACUAUUGGAUUUGGCAUUUAAGACUAUUAUUUCUUUCCCUUAAUUUUAAGCAAAGUUAAUCAUGGAAUUCUAAAGCACAGGCAGAAGCCAUUUUGCCUGUCAUGCCUGUGCUGGUUCUCUGAAAGCUAUCCAAUUAGUCCCACUCUCUCUCUCUCUCUCUCUCUCUCUCUCUCUAUUUUUCUCCUCCCCCCCCCCCCCCAAGCCUCCUCUGACAAAAUCUUUCACUUUUCCAGUCCCCUUUUGAAAACUUACUGUUCAAUCUACUUCCACCCAUUUUUUAGUCUGAAUUCCAGAUCAUAACUCGCUGUGAAUUUUGAAAAACUCUCCUCUGCCCCUUUUUCUGCCUUAAAUCCAUUUCCUCUGGAGCUCCUGCGGGGAAAUGGUUUCUUCAUGUUUACUCUAUCAAAACCCUUCCUGAUUUUGAACAACUCUAUUGAAUCUCCCCCUAACCUUCUCCAUUCCAUGGAAAACAAUCCCAGUCCUCUAGUCUCUCCACAUGAAUGGAGUUUCGUAUUCCUGGUACCAUUAUAGGAAAUUUAUGCACCCUCUCCAAAGCCUUGACAGCCUACCUAAAAUAUGGUGUCCAGAACUGGACACAGUACUCCAGCUGAGGCCUAACCAAUGAUUUAUAAAAGUUUAGCAUAGCAUCCUUGCUCUAUAUCUCUAUUUACAAAGACUAGAGUGCUUUAGUAGCUUUAUUAAAUUGUUCUGCCAUCUUUUAAAGAUUUAUGUAUGUAAUUCUCCAGGUCUCUAUUCCUAGACUACCUCGCAAACCACAUUCAUUAGUUUAUAUUGUCUAUCCUUUAAUCUUUCUUCCAAUAUUGAAUCACUCCAUAGUUCCAAAAAAUUUCAUUUGUCAUGCAACAUUCCUUCUAAUUUUUCUUUUGUUGUUCACGGUCAAUUCAUAAGUGUGCAAGCAUAAGGCCUUUAAAUUUUUUUCUUUGUGUCCUUGUGCACACAGUAGCUUAAAGGCCUGACUUGUACUAAUUCUGGGCGGGAAUUCCGAGUUGCUGCAUUCCUUACAGUGAAUUUUGCUCCCAGCUAUUUUCGCAUUUCACCAAUCUAUCCAGGACCUCUUGAUGUCUGUUACUACCCUUAUGAUUGUUUACUACAUUUACAAGUUUUGUAUCAUCUGCAAACUUUGAACUUAUGCCUUCUAUACCCAAGUUCAGGUCAUACUACAUAUCGAAAAGAGCAGUCAUCCCAAUACUGACUUCUGGGGGUUUCAUGACCCUUCAGCCUGAACAGCAACCAUUCAUCACUACUUUCUGUUUCUUAGCCAGUUUCACAUUUGCAUUGCCACUUUAAUCCCUUGGGCUUCAUUUUUGUUUGUGAAUCUAUUAUGUAGCACCUAUUCAAACAACUUUUGGAAGUUCAUAUACAUAACAUCAACCAUAUUGCCCUCAUUAAACCACUCCAUUACUUCAUAGAGUUCAGUAUGUUGCAAAUAAUUCUUAAUUUGCUCAUUUUAUUCAGUUCCAUUAAAUUAUCCUAUGGCAGCAUUAAGUGCAAUUUCUGAUUUCAAAAGAAAUAGAGCAAAGAAAAUUAAUCCUAAUUUUCUAAAGCAAAUGUCAGGGUUUUUUGUUCAUCCAUCAUUCUUCCAUUUAGUUUUUUGGGGGGAAGAGGGGUUUCCUUAAGCAAAAGUUUGUGUUGAUGCAUUUUCUUUAGUCAAAGGUAAUAACAAUCAUUCUUGGCACCUAAUUGUUUGUAUUUUUUUGAAAAGAGGUGAGGAUCUGUUCAAGUUAUAAAUUAUAUUUCAGUUGAAAAGAGGGAUGUUUGAUGUUCUGCAUUGAAUGAAUGAUGUUGAUGCAAUUUCCUGCUAAUUGAUGCUCCUGUAAUGUAACAGGUCUACUCAAAAGAUCUUUUCUGCUUCUGCAGAAUCUGAACUAAAUUAUUUUAAAUAAUUUACAAAGUGCAAUUUAUAGGUUAUUUUCACUUACUGGUGUGGACUGAAAAACACUUUGGCUUUAUUUCAGCGUUUAGAAAAAACACUAGUUCAGAUGUGGAAAGAAAAUACAUGAACUGACUUGAACUCUGGAAAAAUGUAAUAGUGAACUUAAGCAAAAGCAUUGUAACUCUUUUAGUAACCUGUUUUCUAAUGCUGGAAAAAAUAUAUUUUGUCAAAGCUUCUCAUGCACUCACCAGCACAAUUGCAAGAAUACAUUUUAAAGGAAAGCAACAACUUUCUUUGCAGACAGAAAGAACAUGUUUAGCUGAAACAGGUAUAAUGUGUAUACAAAAUAUGUGACAGCCAUUCAAUGGUCAUUCCUCAGAGCAAUGCCAUGACCAAUCAGAGUCAAGCUGCCUGGUUUAAAUUUCAAACAAUGCUUGGCAGUUAACUGUCAGUCACCAUCAACUGGUUCAUUCUCCAUGGCAAUGCCUCUACCAGAGUCUACUUACCAACCAAUCAGCACACACUUCUCAUACAAUAUAAAUUUGUUGUUUUCCCUUACACUGCAUUCUUGCGAAUUGCCCUGAUGAGUACAAGAUGAAAAGCUUCGACAAAAUGCCUUUUCUUCAGCAAUACUCAAGUUCUGUACUACCAAAUGGCAACCUGUUUUGUAUGAAUUAAUAUUGUGUUCUGAUACAGCUGUUAAUUAUGGAACCCAUGAAGGCUGUUUGAGCAGAAAAAGUCUUGUUCUGUAGUUGAGUUCUUGUGCUUCUAUAUAAUUUUUUUGGUGGAACAUUGAACUUUUCCUCACUGGCACUCCUCCCCUCAAAACCCAGCUCCCUCCACUCUGCUAAUUUUGCCUAUUGUUCCAGUUCUGAAUUAUGCAAUGCACAGUUUAAAAAUGUUCACCAUUGCUUUUAUUUAUUAACAAACCAUUGUGAAAAGUAACUUAGUAAUAUAACAGGUAACAUUUGAUCCACUUUGCCAUUAUAGAUUGAAUACAUUAUAAAUCAGGAAUACCCUUAGUCUUGUAUCAUUGAGCACUAAUUAACAUGCUCAGAUAACACUGAAAAAGAAACACCAGGCCAGACUUUACAGUGGUAAGGGAAGCAGUAUAUUAAAAAAAAUAAAAUCUUAUAAACCUUAGCAAUUUAUCAGUUGCCAGAUGAUGAUCAAGUUGGUCUGGGUGAUCAAAUGGUAUUCCAAGGCUAUUAUUGCCUUUCAGCCCUUCAUAUUGAAUAAAUACCUUGUAUUCACUUAGAUAUUUCCAUGAUUAUCCUUUAUAUGGCAGUUAUUGGACCAUAAGUGCUGUAUACUCUUUAAAAUAGCUAUAUAGAAAUAAUGGCUGAUAUCAAAGUUCUUGUGCUGUGUUGCCAGAGAUGAUUCAUGACCUCAGCAUACACAUUUGUUAUUAACUUCCUUAAAUUUCUGUUAUAUCUCUUUUGCUGAGAGUGAUCACUUAUGUGAAGUUUGAAAAUUGGAAGGGGAAAAAAAUGGAGAAAAGGUGUUAACCAUCGUUUAAGCAUGAAGAGAUGAAAACAAAUCAUUGUAAUAAAUAAAUAAAUGUUUUAUAUCAAGCCCUUGUUUUUAAUGAAAAUGGCGUGCUUACCAAAAGCAUACAAAUACGUUGAAUUAUGUAAAGCUGUAAGUAAUCACCAUUCUUUUGAAUUUUGUGUGAUAGAGCUUGUGGGGAAAGAAUGUAAACGAUCUACUAAAUAAAAGAUACUUGUACUUUGCUAGAA